GCCUCAUUCACCUUUUAUCUUCAACUUAUUCGUUAACUUCACCUAUAUAGUUCUUAACGUGUUCCCAUUCCCAUUUCAAAAAGAUCUAUUUUGUUAAGUUGGUUCCACAUUUUGGUGCUACAUGGGGCUUCCCAGAGUAUGAUAAUAAAGUAUUGUUGCAGUUCUUUGACAUCCUGAUAUAGCUAUAUUUUCUAAUGUGUUGUGUUCCAUCGAUAUAUGCUAUCUUUCAGACGGUAUCAUACUUUAGCACUCUACCAAAAUCAAGGAGGCAAGGAAAUUACAAUGGCAAAAAGAAGCCAAAAGGGAGACGGGUAAAACCAAAAAGAAAUGGAUGAGACGGAAAGGCAAAAUUGUGAAAAACGAAACAUGCAAUAUUAUUUUGUAGAUUUAGGGAGAAUAUGAGUUCCUAUUAAUCGCUUUUCUUUCUACGGAAAAGGGCCUAAAAUACCCUCGAACUAUUAGAAUUGGUGCAAAAAUACCCUCCAUCCACCUUUGAGCCCCCAAAUACCCCUUUCAUUCACCUUUGAGCCCCCAAAUACCCCUGACAUCCACCUAUGGGGUCUAAUAUACCCUUAUUUCUAUAUAUACCCUUAUUUCUAAUAGUCAUUACUACUGCUGCUCCUGCUGCUCCUCCUGCUGCUGCUAUUGCUCCUGUUGCUCCUGCUGCUGCUGCUCCUGCUGCUCCUCCUGCUGCUGCUGCUGCUGCUCCUGCUGCUGCUGCUCCUGCUGCUGCUGCUCCUCCUGCUGCUGCUACUGCUCCUGCUCCUGCUCCUGCUCCUGCUGCUCCUGCUCCUGCUCCUGCUCCUGCCGCUCUUGUUGCUCCUGUUGCUCCUGUUGCUCCUGUUGCUGCUGCUGCUACUGCUGCUCCUGCUGCUGUUGCUACUAGUACUAGUAAUACUACUAGUACUACUACUAAUACUACUACUAGUACUACUACUACUACUACUACUACUACUACUGCUGCUGCUGAUCCUGCUGCUCCUGCUCCUACUGCUGCUCCUGCUCCUGCUGCUGAUCCUGCUGCUGCUGCUGCUACUAGUACUAGUAGUAGUACUACUACUAGUACUACUACUAGUACUAGUACUACUACUACUACUACUAGUAGUACUAAUAAUAUUAUUAUCCUAUUCGUAUCUUUAUAAAUAUUUAUUUAAACAUAAUGUUUGUAUUAGCGUCACACUUAUAGUUGUUGUUAUGUUUCUAUGAUUGCUUUACUAUUACAAGUGAUAAAAUUAUUUAACAAAAUAUUUUGUCCCUCUACUUUUAUUAUCAUUAUGAAAAU